AUGUAUGAGUAUCAAAUGGAUGAAUCGAUAGGGGAUAUUCCUUAUCAAAAUCCAGAUGCAAUGAUUAACAUGAACUCAUAAUAUCAAAUUGGAGACUCUGCCUAUAAUAUGAAUGAAUUGUAUGGAUAGUAGAAUCAACCUCAAGCAUUUCAAGGAAAUUAUUAUCCGGCACAAUACUAAUAGCCAGUUAUUUAAUCUCAGUAACAAACAAAUCCAUACCCUUAAGGUGAAGUUGCUCAAGGAAUUGCCAUUCAAGGACCUGCAUUUGCAUAAAAUUUACCUUUCUUUGCAAAUAUGAUUCCAUUCAGGCAUUAAUAUAAGAGUGAAAUAACAUCCAAAGAAUCAGUCCUAACUACUUGCUAAGCUUGUGGAUUUAAUGGAAAGACUAAAAUAUAACAUACAUCAGGCAAAGCAAAUAUUCUAUCUUCAAUAUUAUUGACUUUUCUGCUGAUGAUCUGCUGUUUUCCUUGUUGCUGCUUUGGAAUUUGGCCAUUGUACUGGAGGGAUCUUAAAGAUACUCUACACAGGUGUUUAAAUUGCAAUAUAGUUAUAGCUAAAGUAGACAGAUUUAACAGAACGCAUUGA